AUGAAAAGAAAAGAUAUUGUUGGAGAUAAUUAUGAGAGCUUGAAGUUGUUUAUUGUAGGCAGCGUCCAUGGAAAUGGACGGAACAUGAUUCUGCAUGAGAAACUGCUUGCAGUUCCGUUUUCGUCUCUGAGUGAGUUCCUAAUAGAAGCCAUGCCAAAUUCUGCUAUCAUAUCAUCGAGGAGAGAAGAAUAUUUAUUCAGAGAACUGUAUACUGGAAAAUUCCCUGUUCGUCUAUCCUUGAUAUUUUAUUCUCGCCAAAGCAUUGAGUUGCUGUAUAAAAAAUUGAUCAAGGCUUGCCCACAAUGGAGGUUUGAGCUGGUUUCAACCCAGGAGAUAGAGCAUGGAAUGGACUCUGCAUGGAAAUCCUUCAUCAACGCCCAUUCAACCGGUUACCACACUGCUACAAUAAUCAUCGACCAUUAACAUCU